UACAAUACUCUUGCAAUACUCCCUGCUCCUGCUUUUUCGUUUGUUAUUCUGUUAUUAAUUUGUUUAUAAUGAUAAGCUAUCUAUUGCCGUUUUAGAGAAACUGUAAGACGUUCAUCUGCUGCAGUAUGAAUAACCGAGCCAAGGAUGAAACUGCUCAGGAACGGGUAUAACCUAAAGCGGCGACUUGGUUUAAGCCUGUAUACAAACAAUCAAUGCUUAUUACUCUGCACAUCCACAACAGCACAAGAAAAAAUGAAAUUUCUUAACGUAGCUGAAAAAAAUGAUGCGGCCAAGAAUAUUGCUCAGCACUUAUCUCGAGGAACUUCCAGGAGGCGGGAGGGCUUAUCACAAUACAACAAAAUCUAUGAAUUUGAAGCUGAAGUGAAUCACCAGAAAGCUGACAUGGUCAUGACUUCUGUAUCGGGCCAUCUUUUAGGAUUAGAAUUUGUGGGGUCCUACAAGCACUGGCAAUCUUGUAACCCUCUGGUUCUGUUUGAUGCGCCUGUCUUCAAAUACUGUCCUGAAAACUAUGAGAAAAUUAAGAAAACUUUAGAGAGAGAAGUUCGCAGCUGCCAAGGAUUAAUAAUAUGGACAGAUUGUGACAGAGAAGGAGAAAACAUAGGGUUUGAAAUAAUACAAGUGUGCACUGCUAUCAAGAACAAUCUCCAGAUCUACCGAGCCAAGUUCUCGGAGAUCACUGCAGUGUCUGUGAAAAGGGCACUGAAUAAUUUGGAGCGACCUAAUAAGAACAUCAGUGAUGCUGUGGAUGUAAGACAAGAGUUGGAUUUAAGAAUUGGUGCUGCCUUCACUAGAUUCCAAACCCUGCGGCUGCAGAAAGUGUUCCCGAGUAAAUUAGCAGACAGUCUAGUAAGCUACGGCUCCUGCCAGUUUCCCACUCUCGGCUUUGUGGUGGAGCGGUACCGGGCUGUGGAGAGCUUCGUACCUGAAUCAUUCUGGAAGAUAAAAGUGAAUCACACAAUGAACGAUCUGAGCGUGGACUUCAACUGGGAGCGUAUACGGCUGUUUGAUCAAGAAGCUUGUCAGGUGCUCCAAGACAUUUGUCAGAAGAGCCCCACGGCUAAGGUCUCUGAGGUGAAAACCAAGCCCAAGUCAAAAUGGCGACCGUUGCCUUUGGACACUGUGGAACUGGAAAAAUCUGCUUCAAGAAAACUAAGAAUCAACGCCAAAGAAACCAUGAAAUUGGCCGAAAAGCUCUACACCCAAGGUUUCAUCAGCUACCCCCGCACUGAGACCAACGAGUACCCUAAAGAGAUGAACCUGGCGCAGCUUGUGGGGCUCCAGACGGGGGACCCCAACUGGGGGGGCUUCGCGCAGGGCAUCCUGGACGCCGGGGGCCCCACGCCGCGGCAGGGAAACAAGAGCGACAAGGCCCAUCCCCCGAUACAUCCUACUAAGUAUACUAAUUCUCUCAACGGCAACGAGCAACGUCUAUACGAGUUCAUAGUCCGCUCAUUCCUCGCUUGCUGCUCCAAAGACGCGCAAGGCCAGGAAACUACUGUCGCCAUCGACAUAGCCGGCGAGAAGUUCACUGCCAACGGCCUCAUGAUCAUAGCCAGGAACUAUUUAGACGUUUACCCGUACGACAAGUGGUCGGCGAAGGAAAUUCACGUUUAUGAGAUGGAUCAAACGUUUAACCCUACGAGAAUAGACAUGGUGGAAGGAAGCACGCAACCACCACACCUGCUCACUGAAGCUGAUCUCAUAGCGCUCAUGGAAAAACAUGGAAUAGGUACCGACGCAACUCACGCAGAACACAUAGAAACUAUUAAAAACCGUUCAUACGUAGCUUUAGCCGACGCAAUACACUUCGUGCCCGGCCUGCUCGGCAUGGGGCUGGUAGAAGGCUACGAUGCCAUGGGACUCGCCAUCUCCAUAUCCAAGCCGCAUCUCCGGGCGCAACUGGAGGCGGACCUUAAGGCUAUUAGCGAAGGGAGGAAGCAGCCGCAAGUCGUUUUGGCUGAACAGAUAGCAACGUAUAAAGAAGUGUAUCUCACAGUAACGGGUGAGGCGAACAAGAUCGACAGCGCCCUCGCCGAGCGCUUUAGCGAGCGCCCCGCGCCCUACGACCGUGCCGGGGCUCCUGCCUUGGACAUGCCUUCAGCGCUAAAAUGUCCCAAAUGUGGCGCGGACAUGGUGGUGCGUCAGAAGAAAAACAACGCAGACGAGUUUUACAUCGGCUGCCUGUCGUUCCCCAACUGCAAGAACGCCGUGUGGUUCCCCACCGUCGUCAGAACCAUACAAGUCUUGAAUGAUACGUGUCCUAUCUGCGGUCCAAACUACAAAAAGCUAAAAUUCGAAUGGCGGAACAACUCCAUAAGCCACUUGUACCCCCCUCCGUACACUUGCUGCAUCGGAGGCUGCGAUACCACGUUCCUCGAACUCAUGAAAAUUAACAUCUCCUGUGUUAAAGCUGGGGCUGAAAACAGGACACAAAACACUAUGAGUUCCAAUAGUAACCCCACUAGGACUCUAAAUAAUGUACCCAGGACAACAGUCGAAGUCAUGCCGGCGCGGCAAAACUGGAAUCAAAACACAACCACCCAAAUCCGUGCCCCAAAUCAGAAUCAACCAAGGCAAUUUCUACCUCCGGCUUCGAAUAGAACUCAAUUUCGACCGAACGCUGGGGCCAGAAUGCCGACCCCGAGAAGUAGUGGGGAUGGGCCAAGUGAUGAUAAUGAUGUGCAGUGUGGAUGUAAUAAGCCCGCUAUUGUAUUAACUGUCAGGAAACAGAAUGCUAAUUUUGGUAAACAAUUCUACAAGUGCGCCGCCGGCCGAGACAACGGCGGCUGCGACUUCUUCCUCUGGGCCCCCGACUCCCCGUCCCCUCACGCGGACACCCCGCCCCCCGCGCACCCGCACCCGCCACCGCCCCCCGCACCGCGGACAUCCGAUACUACAAGGGGGUGGGGCAUCGCGCCGAGCUUCUCCAGGGACAACUUCCAGCCGAAUGACGAUGACGUUAAUUGUGAAUGCGGGCUUCCUUGUAAAAGGAUAACAGUCCACAAAGAAGGUCCGAACAAGGGCCGACCGUUCUACGCGUGUCCGAAGGACUUCAACUCGCGCUGUAACUUCUUCCAGUGGGCCGACGGCGGGGGCAGCGGGGGCGGAGAAUGGGGCAGUUCAACCACGACAAGCACACGCGGGCGGGGGCGGGGGCGUGGACGGGGCGGGGGUGCGCGGGGCGGCGGCGCGGGCGCGCGGGGCGGGGACGCGGGCGCGCGCGGGGACUCGGGCGCGCGCGGCGGCCGGCGCUGCGGGCUGUGCCGCCAGGAGGGACACACGAGGGCCCGCUGCCCUAACAAUGACGGAAACUAAACAGCUAAAUGGAAACUCGUGAGGGUUCCCAGCUGCAGGCAGAAAACAUAUUGUACGAUUCACGACACAAACGGCUGAACGGCCUUAAAGGAAGUUUAAACUUCUAUACAGUAACUAUAUUUCAUAGCUACAUUUCGGUACUCCCCUACGCUGGGCGCAGUCGAUUAAAAUAUGAAACUUAACUAAGGAAGGAAGGACUGUAAGGAAGGUUCAAAUGCAUUUGACUCUGGAGGGCUCUAUUCGCACACGCGAGGACACAGUUGGGAAUUGAAUCUUAAGUCCGCCACACUCUCGACAAAACUACAUGAGACUUGCCGAAUACGAGAGUGUAGAGUGAGUAUUCGUCUAUCUUCGUAUUGUCUCGCGUAUAUUCGUGUUGUCUCAGUUUCGUGUCGGUAAAAUAGCCAACAUCAAAAAGGUCUCGUGAACUUUUGUGUUAGCGCGAAACUAUUCCUCUACACACUCGGCGCGCUCCAGUUUUUGGACGUAAAAAUGUAUACGAACAUAGACGAAUACUCACUCUACACUCUCGUAUUCGGCAAGUCUCGUGUAGUUUUGUCGAGAGUGUGGAGCGGGCCUCAGUUUGACACAGUCGCGGCAAAAUCGUCUCUUGUAAAGCCUGACCAAGAAUAUAUGAUCACGCGCCAUGUUGCGGAAUUUCACUGGAACUAAUUUUUCCAUACUAUAUUGAACUGUCACCCUAUACAUGAGAAAGAACAUCGCCCUCUUGUCAAUGAUCAUUAUAUUACUGGCCAGGCUUUAGUUUUGUCGAGAGUGUGGAGCGGGCUUUAGGUGCCAAUUCGUU